AUGGGAGCCGCCAGCGCCAAGCAGGCACUGGUUGCAUUGCAUCCGUGCCCGGAGUCCUUUGUAGCCAGCUUGCUGAAGGACCCGGGCAUGGGCUCCGAGGGUGCCACCCAGGCCGGGAUGACACCGCUGCAAUCGGUGAUGCUAUGCCGAAGCCACAAGAUAAUUCGUUCCUUCCUUUGCCUUCGAUUGCCCUGCCUCCCAACGGUGCUCGUGCAAGCCAAUGUCAGCCCUCCUUCGUGCUUUCCCCUUGAACAGUUCGGCCUCGCGGACUCCAAGUACGACGAGAACAUCGUGCUCCUGGAUCGAGAAGACGGUGCAGCAGCCAAGUACGCGAAGGCGCUGGAGAUCUCCGGAGGGGAGGAAAAGCUGAGGAGCUUUCGGCAACUCAGCAAGGAGCUGCAGAGCAAGCACGGCUUGCACGAGGAGCAGAAAGAUGUCAUUUCCACCGGCGAGCGCGCCGCACGCAGCGUUAAGGUAAAUUUUCAGCCCUUCUUUCCAACGCUGGAUAAGCUCUUUGAGUUUGCGCACAAGCACAAGCACCACUUCUUCGACCUUGUCGACAGGGUCGCGACAGCCACUCAUGGUACCUGUGCAAAGCCUCCCCUGAAAGGCAAAGAACGCUGCGAAUCAAAGGCAAGGUUUAAGUACGUGGACAGUGCCGGCAACAUCGAAUGGCACCGACUUACUGACAUCGUUCGAGACACGCUCAGCUACGAGAACUUGGAAGAUUUGUACGACGGACUGAAGCUGAUCGAUGAGGACGAAAACGUGGAAAUCGUAGAGUUCAACGACCGGUAUCAAACUCCACUGGAUGGUGGAUACCGCGACCUCCAGCUGACACUUCGAGUGCAAGGCAAGUUGGUCUGCGAGCUGCAGCUUACCACCAAGUACAUGCUCUUCAUUAAGGAGUCGAGUGGGCACAGGGUGUUCGAGAUCAAACGACAGCUCAUUGCCGAUGUAGCUGCCAACAGCGAGCUGGAGUGUCGGAAAACACUCAAAUGGGCUGGAAAGGAUGCAGAGGCUGUGCUGGAGGAGAAGAAGAAGCCUUUGCUCCACAAAGCCGCUUCGCAGGGCAACUCCGGCAUGGUGGAGCUCUUCCUUCAGCACGGGGCGGAUGUAAACCUCACGGAGGAGACCACUCAGCGCACGGCCCUGCACGAGGCGAUGGGCAAGGGCCAUGCCUGCUCUGCAUGGGCCUUGAUCUCGGCGGGUGCGAAGCAAGACGUCAAGGAUGCAAAAGGGCAGACGCCCCUCUUGCUCGGACUCUUGCGCCAGCGCGUGUACCCCGAAAGCGAGGCUGUAGCGAGGUGCGUCUCCAUGUUGUCGCAGAGACUGGGCCUUGAGGAGCUGCGGCGCGCCAAGGAGGAGUUCAGCGAGGUGGUUAAACAUCGCCUGAAGAACAGCUCGGAGCUCGUCAGUGCGGCCUACGACGACAAUGUGCAGAAGGUCGUCGAGCACUUGCGCACCUGGGCGAACCCCAACAGCGCCACGAACGACGGGAAGCACGCGCUCCACCGAGCGCUGGCUCAAGGACACACGGCCGUGGCCAGGCAGCUGCUGACCUACAAGGCCAACAUCUGGUUGAAGGAGAACGACAAGACCGCCUUGGAUGUCGCGCUGGAAGUUGCAGAGGAGAAGCCCGCUUCUCUGGAGCUCUUGGUCGACCUUCAUGAGCAGUACAAGGACUCCAAAAACGAUGCUGGCAUGACUUUCCUGAUGGUGGUGGUGCAGCAUGGCCAUGUGGACGUCAAGCGGCUCCUCAACAAAGGUGCGGACAAGGAUGCCAGAUCCGAGGAUGGCAGCACGGCCCUGAUGCUCGCGGCCAGGGAGGGCAAGACGGAGUCCCUCAAAGCGCUCUUGGAAAGGGACGCCGAGAAGGACUGCCAGAACAGCGAAGGCCACACGGCGCUGAUGCUCGCCAUGCAGGGUGGCCACGAGGAGUGUUUCAAGCUGCUCCUUGACAGGGGCGCAAAGAGGGGCCUGAAAAGCAGCGCUGGCAAGACGGUCUUUGAGCUGUCCGCCGAGAACGCGAAGUUUCGGGCACUUCUGGGUACGACAGCCCUGAUGGAGGCGGCAAGGGACGGCCACAUCGACCUUGUCAAAGAGCUCUUGGAGAAGGGAGCCGAGGAGGAGCUUGACUCCCAUCAAGGCCGCCGGCACGAGGGGCCACGUGGAGAUCGUCAAGCUGCUGGCAGAAAGUAUGGAGAAGGAUGCCCGGGACAAGGACGGCUGGACAGCCUGGGCGGCUCCUUUCUACACUGCCUACAUCACCGGCUACGCAGAAACCAAGCAGAAGUAUCCAUCGAGGAUUGA